AUGAUAUCAGGAAAGCAUUUCAAGGCUCAUGAAGUCAGCUGCUGCAUCAAGUAUUUCAUUUUCGGAUUCAACAUUAUUUUCUGGUUUCUUGGAGUGGCAUUUCUCGCCAUCGGUUUGUGGGCAUGGAGCGAAAAGGGGGUCCUCUCCAACAUUUCCUCCAUCACCGAUCUGGGAGGCUUUGACCCUGUGUGGCUGUUCCUUGUUGUGGGAGGUGUGAUGUUCAUUCUGGGAUUUGCUGGCUGCAUUGGAGCACUGCGCGAAAACUCCUUUUUGUUAAAAUUUUUUUCAGUCUUUCUGGGAAUAAUCUUCUUUCUGGAGCUGACGGCUGGGGUGCUGGCGUUUGUCUUCAAAGACUGGAUCAAGGAUCAGCUCAACUUUUUCAUCAACAACAACAUUCGCGCCUACAGAGAUGACAUUGAUUUGCAAAACUUGAUUGACUUCACACAAGAAUAUUGGGAGUGUUGCGGAGCAUUUGGGGCUGACGACUGGAACUUAAACAUUUAUUUCAACUGCACGGAUUCAAACCCGAGUCGGGAGAAGUGUGGCGUUCCUUUUUCCUGCUGCACCAAAGAUCCAGCGGAAGAUGUCAUCAAUACUCAGUGUGGAUAUGAUGUUCGAGCAAAAACGGACGCGGAGCAGAGGACCUUCAUCUACAUCAAAGGCUGCGUGCCUCAGUUUGAGAAGUGGCUUCAGGACAACUUGACUGUGGUAGCAGGGAUAUUCAUUGGAAUUGCAUUACUGCAGAUAUUUGGGAUCUGUUUAGCACAAAACCUGGUCAGUGACAUUGAGGCUGUCAGGGAAAGUUGUUUGUUUACCUGA